CACUUCUUCACUCACACAUCAAAUUACUACCGACUGCCGACAAGAAGCGACCCAACUAAACCACCAAAGAACAAGGACGCUUGACAUACAAAAUCACAAAAUCAACCAAGAAACUCAUCCGUGAUAAGAUCUCCUAUGGAUCUUCUUUCGACCGUCCGCAAGUCGGGGUCGCGAGGCGGCGUCAACUUCAGCUGGGACGAUGUCGCCAGCUCAGCACACCGCGAGAACUAUCUCGGCCAUAGUCUGAAGGCUCCAGUUGGUCGCUGGGCCAAAGGGCGGGAUCUCAACUGGUACGCCAAGGCAGAACCCUCAGCUGCGAACGCCGGAGAAACGGAGGAGGAGAAGGAAGCGCGCGAGCGCCGUGAAGAAAUCCGCAGGAUAAAGGAAGCAGAAGAGGAUGCCAUCAACCGCGCAUUAGGCCUGCCCAUCACACCGCGAAAUACCAGCGGCGCCAAUGCUGUUGAAGUCCAAGGCUCCAAAAUCCCAGAGCGAACGGAGAAAGAUUCCGCUGAGCAAUCGACAGCACUGGCACCGAAAGAAGCGCAAGCAGGGGAGUCGAGAAGAGACAGGCACCGCGACUCAGAGCGACACCAUAAACGGAGGCACAGGAGCAGGAGUCGUGAGCGUGGUCAUGGCCGCGACAGGGAACGUGAUCAGGAACGUCAUCGUGAUCGGGAUAGACAUCGCAGCCGCAGCCGUGACCGUGACCGGAGACGGGACGGGCCGGCGGAUCGAGGAGGGAGAGAACACCGUCCUAGUCGCAGAAGCCGGAGCCCUGAGCGUCGUUCACACCGCGAUGAUAGGACGAGAGAUCAGGAUCGGAGUCGAAGCAGAGACCGUGGAAGACACCACCACCACCACAGAAAGCGCAGUCAUAGUCCUCCUGGUCGGAGCAGGAGCAGGGAUAGAAGAGCAAGGCACGAUCGACGAUGAAGGUUGUCAGAAUUGUGUUUGGUACUUAGAUGAAUACAAGCAUGGUGUCUUGGGUCAACAGAGUAGAUUAAUCUUUGGUACAGUAUACUCAUCAGUCUUGGUAGCGGCGCACCACACCUACUAGUGUGACGGAUUAUUAAGCUUAGC